AUGGCAACCGUCGAGCAUUGCAUCGCGUGUUUCGAGGCUCUCGACGCCGAGCUCAACAACCGAAAGCCGCUCUCCCUUGAAGAGAUCCAGUCCUCGUGGGCCGAAUACAAGGCCAGCAGCUCCGCUUCAGCCCCCGCGUCCGGCCCCUCUGACGCUCCCUUGAAUCCCGCUCUGCGGCGUCUCGCCGCCGAAACCGCCUCGUCAUCUUCUUCGACGUCUUCCUCCUCGACGUCGCUGUCAGCCGCCGCGGCCUCUACGCCAGCAACGUCCACGUCCUCCCUGCCCGGCGCCCCGCCAACUGCGGCCCCCCUCUUCGUCACAUGGAACACCGUCGACCCCGCCGACGGCGACGUCUCCCUGCGCGGCUGCAUCGGCACCUUUGAGUCCCAGCCGCUGGCCGAGGGCAUCCCCGAAUACGCCCUCAUCUCGGCCCUGCAAGACACGCGGUUCCGCCCCAUCUCCAAGCGCGAGCUCCCGACGCUCCAGGCCGCCGUGACGCUGCUCACGGACUUUGAGGAGGCCAAGGACGUGCACGACUGGGAGAUUGGCACCCACGGCAUCCGCAUCUCCUUCUCCGAUCGCGGUCGGCGCUACGGCGCGACGUAUCUCCCCGACGUGGCGCUGGAGCAAGGGUGGACAAAGGAUGAGACGCUCUUCAGCUUGAUUCGCAAGGCCGGGUGGAUGGGCAGCCGCUCCAAGUGGCAGGACCUGGACAUCAAGUUGACGCGGUAUCAAGGCAAGAAAGUCAGUCUCAACUAUCCCGAGUACAAGAAGUGGAGGGAUUGGGUCGACAGCAAGCAGUAA